AAUGCCCACCGGCUGUCAGCCAAACCAAACACGUCAAAAAGAAACAACCGACGCGAACGCUGUUCUACGAGUCGCCGACCCGCAGAUUCGUUGAUCCGCGCGGAAACAACUAUCACCAUAUGGACUGUACACCAUCCGAGACACAUCAGAGGACGAUUGGCGCCAAAUAUCAGCUUCAGUAGCGUUUAAGGAAAACAAGUAACAUCGAUACGAGGCCAUAUGAGCGACAGAAAUGACGGGUCAUCCAAGCGGGCCUUGCCUGGCAACUCGGCCAGUAGUAGUAGCAUCACGACAGGCGGUGGGAAAGGGAACGGUAAAAGGGAUAUCGAUGGUAAUGGAAACAUAUCUCCCGCCGUCGACUUUACAGCUGGUAUCAUUGCUGGCGCUACUGGAUUGAUAGUUGGUCAGCCGUUUGAUGUAGUCAAGGUGCGAUAUCAAACACCACAAUACAUGGGCCGAUAUGGAUCAACUUUCAGUGCCUUAGGUGCUAUUGUGAAAGAAGAAAAAAUCGGGGGCCUUUUCAAAGGUGUAACUUCGCCAAUGGCUGGUAUAGCAUUUAUCAACGGGAUAGUUUUUACAUCUUACUCCUUUUUUAUGAAGCUUCAAUUGCCAGACGAUUCAGCAGAAGAGCCUACGUUGGGGCAGAUAUUCCUUGCCGGGACGGGAAGUGGAGUUGUGGCCUCGGUAUUAACGUGUCCCACCGAACUCAUUAAGAUCCGGCAACAAUCAGCCCCACCUCAUCUUAACCUGACCACUUUUGGAGUAUUCAAAUCUAUCAUUCGAGCAGACGGACUAAAAGGCAUCUUCCGAGGCUUUUCAGCAACGGCCUUAAGGGACAUCGCGUAUGGUCCCUAUUUUUGCGCGUAUGAGGCAACCUUACGCUUCUUUAAGUGGAUGAAAAAACCGCCUCUUCCUCCUUCCCACCACAACUCCGGCCAUGGGCGCCAUACUCUCAUUGAUGAGGCUGAGUUGGAACGCCACAGUGGAUUGAGAUGGCCAGAGUUGAUGCUGGCUGGUGGAAUUGCUGGUGUGCUUGCAUGGAUGGUGACAUUCCCAGUUGACGUUUUUAAGACUCGCAUGCAGAGUACCACAUGGCCCGAUUCAACAUCAGAUUUUAUUGCAAAGCCACGACUUCUGUCCUUCAGACAAGUUGCUGGGGAUGCUCUGAGAAAGGAAGGCUGGAGAGUAAUGUUUGCAGGUUUGGGUCCCACAUUAAUAAGGGCGGUACCUACCAAUAUGGUUAUAUUUUUAACUUUUGAAGGCUGCGUCGCGGCUCUAUCAUGAUCGGAAUCAUGAUCAGAUACGUUAUUCGGAGAGAGGGAUUCGACCUCUGCGGAAAGUUCAGCUGGAGGGAAAAGAAGAACUCGGCGCAGGGAUGCAGAUCAUUCACUACUUGCUGAUGUAUAGAUGGCAUAAUAGUAGAGAACAAUAGCAGGCAAUAUAGCUGCAUAAUGCGCAUAGUCGUACCCUGCAUUUUCAUCGCUUCUUGAUAGUAGUAGAUACCAACACAAUAGAAACCCGCACAAUUCUACGGGAUGGGACCAUGAAAUAAUGGAGGAUGCAGCAUUUCGC